AGCAAGCUUGGUUGAUAGCUCUCAUUUUUUUGGUAGCGUCAUCAAACAAAAAAGCUUUUAUUAGUUGCGAAGGAAAACACUUUUCCCGCCUCUGACGCAUUUUGAAUCCCUCUUUCCAUCUUCAUCUUCUUCACCCCCAAUUACUGUACAAAUCGCAAUUCACUUUUAUUUUUUUCUUCUGUUCACCGUAAUUCCUCGUUGUUGUCUUCGAAAAAGAUCGAAUCUUUAAACCAUGGAGCAACAACGACUUGAGAAAACAGCACAACAACACGACCAAGAAACGGAAGAGAUUCAACACGGUCCUUUACCCGUAGAACAACUUCAGGCAUCGGGUAUAGCGGCACUUGACAUUAAGAAGCUUAAAGAUGCGGGUAUUUGUACUGUUGAAUCUGUUGCUUAUACUCCUAGGAAAGAUCUUUUGCAAAUCAAAGGUAUCAGUGAUGCCAAGGUUGACAAGAUUAUUGAAGCAGCUGGUAAGCUGGUGCCUAUGGGUUUUACUAGUGCUAGUGAGCUUCAUGCUCAGCGAGAAUCGAUUAUUCAGAUAACCACCGGGUCAAGAGAGCUUGACAAGAUAUUGGAAGGUGGAAUUGAGACGGGUUCUAUCACCGAGUUGUAUGGUGAAUUUCGAUCUGGGAAGACUCAGUUGUGUCACACUCUCUGUGUCACUUGCCAAUUGCCACUAGAUCAAGGAGGAGGUGAGGGUAAAGCUAUGUACAUAGAUGCCGAGGGAACAUUUAGGCCUCAGCGACUCUUACAGAUAGCAGAUAGGUUUGGACUGAAUGGUCCUGAUGUAUUGGAAAAUGUCGCUUAUGCUAGAGCGUAUAACACUGAUCAUCAGUCACGGCUUCUACUUGAAGCAGCUUCGAUGAUGGUGGAAACAAGGUUUGCUCUAAUGAUAAUAGACAGUGCUACUGCUCUCUAUAGGACAGAUUUUUCCGGAAGAGGGGAGCUUUCAGCACGGCAAAUGCAUUUAGCGAAAUUCCUGAGAAGCCUUCAGAAAUUAGCUGAUGAGUUUGGUGUGGCUGUUGUCUUAACAAACCAAGUAGUUUCACAAGUUGACGGUUCUGCAAUGUUUGCUGGACCCCAAAUCAAGCCAAUUGGUGGAAACAUUAUGGCUCAUGCAACCACGACAAGGUUAGCUCUCAGGAAAGGAAGAGGGGAAGAGAGAAUCUGUAAAGUGAUUAGUUCUCCUUGUUUGGCUGAAGCCGAAGCAAGGUUUCAGAUUUUAGGCGAAGGGGUUUCGGAUGUUAAAGACUGAACAAUUUUAGCAUUGUCUGAAACAUUGAAUGAUAUAAUUUUUUUGUUUGAUUUUUUCCUUUUGCUAGUUGUAAUUGUAAAAGAUGAUUUGCAAGUAUCUAGUGUCUAAUUCUGCAAUAAUGUUGAGUUUUGGCA